AUGGAAUAUGAGAAAGUUGGUGAAUCUGAAUCAGAAAAAGCUAUCAAGAAUUCUCCUAAUGUGAAAACAAAGCCUAGAAAUACUCCAGAUAUCCCAGAAGUCCCCAGGCUUGAAGUUCCAGCCUCAGUGCGGGACAUCAUCUAUCGGAUUCAGCGAGCACAGGUCACUCGAGCCAGAGAUGACCUUAAAACACAGAUGGAUCACAUAAUGAGCAACGUGGAUCGAAUAAUGGAACGCUACAAUCUUGGUUCUAGCCCACCCUCUAUAAAGAGUAUCUUCCUUAAAGAACAUAUGAGAAAACAGAGAACUACAUUUUUGGAGAGUGUGGCUACCUAUACCAAGAAUGCUGAAAACAGAGAAAAGACACUUGCCUACAUUCUGGCCUGGUUAGAAGAAUGGAAUGCUAUUUUAUCUGACAUAACUACAACUGAUAUUGAUGAGCACUACCACUUGAUAGUACGAAUGGAGAUGUUUCCAGACACAUUGAGAGCCAUUGAGAACAAUGUCAACUUACUAUGCAGCAUGAGUUCCACCUUCCUGAAAGACAAGAAGACUCAAAAGAAAAAAGCAGUAUCUAGAGGUGCACUAUGGAAAACCUGGAAAGACAGAUGUAUCAAACGACCCGCAACAGCAUACGCAUUAAGACCAGAUCAAAUGAUUGCUGAUCAAUACACAACAAACACAAAGGUUUUCGAAAUCCAAAAUAUGCUGCAAGAACUCAUAGGCUCCGCCAUGUUUACCAAAUUAGAAAACACUGCUAUCAAAUACAUCUCAUCAACUAUCCUAAAUCUCUCUAAAGCCUUGAGUGCUGCAGCUGAGCAAUUAAAUAUUUCUAACAUCGUCAAUGACAGUGCAUUUUUCCAGAAGUAUGAAGCAGAAAGAGAACUCUCGCGACGCAUAAUUUAUGACCUCAGUGAGCAAAAUGAGAAGCUGCAACGAAAGCUUCAAGAGAGAGAAGAACAGUAUGAAAUAAUUCAACUAAAAAGUGGCAGAGAUCAACAAUAUGAAUCAUCUUCCACAGCCACGACUAAUGUCAAAGAUGAUUAUACAAAGGGCAGUCUAGGCAGCAUUCUAGCCAAAGAAUUUGACAAUACUUUAUUUAAGUCCCUUCCAAAAAAACCCAAAUAUUCAGAGACAGAUCUUUUAUUGAAAGCCCCAACUGAAGUGAAGUCAGAGUUAUCUCAAGAACAGCACCUCCAAUCUGAGGGCAAGACCAAAAGAGCUUCCUGGCCUUAUGAGUACGCCCCUGGAGGGAAAACAUCCAGGCAGAGAGUGGAUGCCUAUGUGUUCGAAAGGACUGGCUACUAUCAAAUUGAGAGAAGAGAACACACAAAAAGCCUGUAUAUCCACGACCGCCCUGGAUCAAAUGUUGGUGAGGAUGGUGGGGAAAAGACACUGACUGAGGCCAAAACGAAUCAAUACUAUGAACUAGGAGAAACAGAGAACGAAAGAGAAGGAAUAAAACCAAAGACAUCCUCUGAAUCAGAAAGCCAAUAUUACCCUUUCAGUGAAACCAAAAAUCAAGAUGCCAAAAGUGGAACACCUUAUGAGGCAGAGCAGGCCAGGAAAUUCAAAACUGAAUCUCCCUUGGAAAAGGGGCGUAUUUUGCCAGACCUGAAAGAGCCCCCCAUUGAGUCAGCGAACAAAUGGACUAGGAGCCUAGCAGGUCCAUUGAGUAUGGCUCAAGUGAAGCAACCAUCAAUGCCACAGAAAGUUGAAGUUCAAGGAAAGACACAGGACAUCCCCUUAACAAUGAGCAAAAGCAAAAUAUGGAGGAGAGAACCUAAGGAAAGUCCAGCCUUCAGCAAGCAACCCAAAUCCCCUCAACUUGAGAAAUCCCGCCCAAAUACCCAGGAAGAUUCUUCACAACCUGAAAGGGUGCUGGCAACUCCAGAGGUCAAAGGUGAUCAGAGUAACACGGAAUCAUUUCAGAAAGCCUUAAUGGAUUUCCUUAAAGAGAAAAUUAACAACAUAGACAAGCCUGCUGAUGAAAACACCAUGCCAAGGAAGGAGAGCUUACUGAAAAGGGCAGAAAUGGAAAACUUUGAAACAAUAAAAGCAAAGAUGGAUGAAUACUUCCAAAAAAUGGCUGAGAUCGUGACUCAAAUGGUGAGGAAAUUCAGAGUUGCGAAAAAGGAAGGAGCCGAUGGAGAGAAACGUAGGCUAUCCAAAAAGUCGGAUUCAUUCAUGCCAGCACCACAGGAUGAGAAGUCAUCAACUACUGCCAAGUCUGAAAUCAGCACUUUCCUCUCAAAUGAAAACAUAGACCCAGUAAUGAAAAAUGUCAUAGAAACGAUCUUGGCUGAAAUAGAAAGUGAGGGAGAUGCUGCAACAGUCUCAACAGUAAGAAAAGAACACAAGAAAGCAAAGCCUAAACAGGAGAAAUAUGGACAAGAAGGUCAAGGGACAAUGCAGGACAAACCCAGUCUCCAGAAGGAAGCCGAUAUGAUAACAGAAGCACGGAAGACCACAGCGAAAGAGCAAGGGAUGCAGAGAGAGAGGGGAGAGCUGAGCCUGGAUCUGAAGGCGGAGAGACAUCACCAGCAGAAAGAAAGAGGGAAGAAGGAGGAGAAGCAGAAGCUACGCGAGGGGGCAGAGCGCCUUGACAGACAAGGGGAGAUGGCAGCAGGCCAUGAGAAGACCAAGGGGAAGAAACCUGAAGAUAAGACCAAAGGCACAGCACAGGAAUCCCAGUUACCCCAAGGCAGAACCUUCCAUGGAGUCUCAGGGCUCCCGCCCGAGACACACUCCCUACCAAGCACUCCUCCACCUUCUCCUCAGGUCUUACUACCUGGGGACCUUCACAUCUACCCACAGCCCUUCACAGAGCACAAAAACAUCACUCCUCAGCUCAUCCUGACUCCUAGGGAGGCCCAGCCCCUGGGCAGCGCUCUGAUCCCUCAGUGGACCCAGGCCUUGGGCAGAAUUCAAACUCUUCAGCAGGCCCAGCCCUGGGAGGCCACACUGACACUCCAGCAGGCCCAGGCCCUGGGGACAAUCCUGACCCCCCAGCAGGCCCAGGCCCUGGGGACAAUCCUGACCCCCCAGCAGGCCCAGGCCCUGGGGACAAUCCUGACCCCCCAGCAGGCCCAGGCCUUGAGGACAACCCUGACACCUACGCAGGCCCAGGACCUGGGGACAACCCUUACCCCACAGCAGGUCCAGGCCUUGAGGACAACCCUGACACCUGAGCAGGCCCAGGACCUGGGGACAAUCCUGACCCCACAGCAGGCCCAGGCCCUAGGAACAAUCUUGACCCCACAGCAGGCCCAGGCCCUGGGGACAAUCUUGACCCCCCAGCAGGCCCAGGACCUGGGGACAACCCUUACCCCACAGCAGGCCCAGGCCCUAGGAACAAUCUUGACCCCACAGCAGGCCCAGGCCCUGGGGACAAUCUUGACCCCACAGCAGGCCCAGGACCUGGGGACAAUCCUGACCCCACAGCAGGCCCAGAACCUGGGGACAACCCUUACCCCACAGCAGGCCCAGGCCCUAGGAACAAUCCUGACCCCACAGCAGGCCCAGUCCCUGGGAACAAUCUUGACCCCCCAGCAGGCCCAGGACCUGGGGACAACUCCAACCCCACAGCAGAUCCAGGACCUGGGGACAACUCUGGCACCUCAGCAAGUCCAGGCCCUGGGGACUAUACUAACCUUCCAGCGGGCUCAGAUCCUGGGGGCAACCCUGACUCCAGAUGAGAUUCAGGUCCUGGGGGAAAUCCUGACCCCCCAGCAGGCCCAGAACCUGGGGACUAUACUAACUUCCCAGCAGGCUCAGGUCCUGGAGGCAACCUUGACCCUCCAGCAAGUCCAGGCCUUGGGGACAACCCUAACACCAGAGCAGGCCCAGGACCUGGGGACAACUCUGACUCCCCAGCAGAUCCAGGCCCUGGGGACUAUACUGACUUCCCAGCAGGCUCAGAUCCUGGGGGAAUCCUUGACACCCCAGGAGGACCAGGCCCUGGGGACAACACUGACCCCAGAGGAGGACCAGGCCCUGGGGACAGCCUUGAUCCCCCAGAAGGCCCAGGCCCUGGGAACUAUACAGACUUCCCAGGAGGACCAGGUCCUGGGGACAACACUGACCCCAGAGGAGGACCAGGCCUUGGGGACAACCCUGAUCCCUCAGGAGGCCCAGGACCUGGAGACAACCCUGACAUACCAGGAGGACAAGACCCAGGGGGAAACCCUUACCCUCCAGGAGGACCAGACCCCCCAGGAGGCCCAAGCCCUAGGGACAACUCUGACCCCACAGCAGAUUGAGGCUCUGGGGAUUACACAGAUCCCCCAGGAGGACCAGGCCCUGGGGACAACUCUGAACAACCAACAGGACCAGGCCUUGGAGAUCACCCUACCAUCCCAGGAGCCCCAGGCCCUGGGGACAAGCCUGACUCCCCAGGAGGACCAGGCCCCAGAGACAACCCUGAUACCCCAGGAGCCCCAGGCCCUGGGGAAAACCUUGACCUCCCAGCAGGUCCAGGCACUGGGGACAACUCUGACCCCAGAGGAAGACCAGGCCCUGGAGAUGAUCCUGAUCCCCCAGCAGAUUCCAAGUGUCUGGGGUCCUCUCACACCUGGGAAGUCCUUCCCCGAAGAGCUCAAGGAGUCCAGACAUUUAUCCAUCGCUGGGAAGCCCCUGGAACACCACCAUGCCCCCAGAGAGCAGUCCCCCUCUCUACCGGCCGCCUCCACCCUUGGGCAGCAACUGACCCCACUGAUCCUGCACGCACUUCAGAAGCCAGGGAAACCUCUGCCUUCCCCGACUCCGCAGUUACUGAUAACACCACAGAAGCCACAAUGGGACCAGAAAUCACGAUUCCCCCCGAUAGAAAAGCCCUCGAUGGUAACUUCACGUUCAGAUUCCGACAAAGCCAAGAUGGUGGGGCCCCUUCAAGAACUUGAAAGGAUGACCUAUUUUGUUGAUGUGUCAGCUCAGAGAAAGAACCUGACACUGUUAAAUGAGGCCGUGAGAACUCCUGGACUUCCUUCCCAUGUACACAUGAUAGCUAGGAAUCUUAUCAUCAAGACACUGCACACAGACGCGGCACGGCUGGGACACCUGUUACACAAGUACGCUGCCUACAGGCUGAUCCAGCGAGUCAGAAACAAUAUAAUCCAUCAAAUAAAAGUCAUCCAAAACUCUGGGAAGGGUUAUGAGACUCAGAAACUCUACAUCAUAUUGAGCAAAAUUGAUGACCAUCAGAAAAAGGUGAUGUGUGCCUGGACUGAGAAGCAGAAGCUUCUAGAAGAGACACGGAAUCAGUGCAUGAAGAAAAUGAUAUCCUUAUUUAGCCAGCUCAGAGACACAUACAAAUUGAAUCUCAGUCAACCUGUUCCAUUGAUCACCCACAAAAAUGAGAUAGCUGCCUCUGCUGAGUUUGCUCAACAGACACAUCAAAAGUUACCAAUAGAAGAGGAUAAGCAUUCUGCCAAGAAAAUCAGAUACCAAGACCAGACGGAUGCCAUCUGGAGAACCGAUCUGUCUACAUCCAGCUACCCAAUAAUAGAGAAGACACCAAUAAGCGUGCCCUGGGACCAGCUGGGUGGGUACCCAGACAUUCCUAGGCUGCUGCAGUUAGAUGUCCAGUCUACCUUCAGAAAAUCUCUUGCAUCCAUUAAAACACGAAUGAAGAAUACUCCUAAGUGACUGUAAAAUAGAAGUAUAUUCAAAAUAAAUUUAUAUAUUUUUC